GGAGUUUGGCCCGGAGCUGCCCGAUAGGUGUAGUGAUGGCGGCGUGGAGGAGUUUCCCUGCGGCUGUUGUCGUGUGGAUUUUAGUCCGUGGACCUUAGAGAGGCCUUACCCAGGCCCCGCUGAAGACCGCCGCAGGCCUAGGUAGCACAGUCCUGGCACUCGGUGCCCCUGGGGAAAGAGCCGCAGCUUUGCUUGGUCUUCGGCGGCACUGGCUGGAGAAGCUCAGCCUUCGUGAUCUUCUCCGUGACUUCCCAGUGACCGACGAAAAGCUCCCUUGGAAUUUCAAUUCACCGGGUGACCUUGAGCUCAGGGCGACGCGUAGCUUGUAGUUCCUGGCUGCACUCGGCUCUUCAGGAACUUUGUGAGAAUUUCAAUAUAUGGAAACACUGUCUGUGUUCCAACUGGUGUAUAUCUGAAGGUCUCAGUAUAAUACCAGCACCAAAAUAUUGCAUGUCACUCAGUCAGCCAGCCAUAUACUUAAUGACUCCUAAAAUCUCAUGGACUUCUAAAAUGCGUAGCCUCCCCGAUUAUCAACAUCGCCACCAGAAUGGAGGCGCCAUGGGCUGUGCUGCUGUCAUGAUUCCUGGGUUGUUGCGAGGCCCUGUUGGAGCCAUCUGUACUCAGGCUGCUUCGCUGAGAUCGACAUGCAGCACCGUGCGCCACCUUUCUCUAACCAGCGUAAUGAAAUCCAAAAGGAAAACUGAUCACUUGGAGAGAACUGCAAAUAUCGUUCGACGGGAGGUCGUGUCUGCAGCAAAGGUGUGUGGAGCUGCCAGUGAGUCCCCUUCCGUGAAGAGGCUCCGCCUGCUCGUUGCUGAUAAAGAUUUUUCUUUUAAAGCUGGCCAGUGGGUCGAUUUCUUUAUCCCAGGAGUCUCUGUGGUUGGUGGGUUCUCAAUAUGCUCUAGCCCCAGAUUGCUAGAACAAGAGAGAAUGAUAGAAUUGGCAGUGAAAUAUACGAACCACCCUCCUGCUCUCUGGAUUCACAAUCAGUGUACACUUGACUCUGAAGUGGCUGUGAGAGUGGGUGGAGAGUUCUUCUUUGACCCUCAGCCUGCAGAUGCCUCUAGAAACCUCGUGUUGAUUGCAGGAGGAGUCGGAAUUAACCCUCUGCUUUCCAUCCUGCGGCACUCGGCAGAUCUCCUCAGAGAACGGGCAAACAAAGGAAGUGGAUAUGAUAUAGGAACAAUAAAACUGUUCUACAGUGCAAAAAAUACCAGUGAACUCCUGUUUAAGAAAAAUAUCCUCGAUUUAGUAAAUGAAUUUCCUGAGAAGAUUGCAUGCAGUUUGCAUGUUACAAAACAGACUACACAAAUCAGUGCAGCACUCAAGCCAUACAUCACGGAAGGAAGAAUAAUGGAGCAGGAGAUAAGAGAUCAUAUUUCAAAAGAGACUUUGUUCUAUAUCUGUGGCCCACCUCCAAUGACAGAUUUUUUCUCCAAGCAACUGGAAAACAGCCAUGUUCCCAAAGAACACAUUUGCUUUGAGAAGUGGUGGUAGUGAGCAGGCAAAGGUCGAAGAGAGAAAGCUCUGAGAGCCACUUAGGACAGUCACAGGUAUUAUGUUAUAUGACUUGUGGCUGGGUGAAUUUACCUCUACUCAGCCUUAUUUUUUAAGGCUGUGAACUAAGUGACCUACUGGAGAAUAACAGAAAUACCAGUUGACAGACUUAAAUGAUAAACUUUUUGCAAAGACUCCAUUGAUUAAAACUAUUUUUUACUAUAUUGACUUUCUUUUAUCAAUAACUGAUUAUCUCAUGACGUACUUGAAUUGGUCGGUAUAGAUUUUCUUUCCCCUGAGGGAAUAAUAAAAAGGUAUAAACUUACAUUUAAUCAUAUGAAAAGGUGGUUUUGUGUGUGAAAUGCAGGCUGUCUUUAAAUUAUUUGACAGCAGCCUACUAUCUUAUGUUCAAUAAACUUAUAAUGUAAACACA